CAGCGCUAUAAAUAGGGCUGGUGACUGAGCUGCUCGGCGAAACGAAAGCUGACCCUUGGAGUGUGGAGGAGGCAGCGUGGUCCGGGGAAGGGAGAGCGGAGCCGAGCAGGAGGUGUGGUGUGCUGUGGGUGUCCUGAGCUGGGGAGCCCAGCGGCACGUGCUCAGUGCCAGCACAGCAUCCACAGGGCUUUGGCACUUCCAGGACAUGGACCUCAGUACUGGGGCAGGCCAGUGAAGGUGAUGGCAGGAGCUCAGGUGGGGCUGCCGGGACCCUUCCCGGAGCCCCCGGUUGGGCCAUGCCCCAUGUCUGACUCUGACUCAGACUCUGAGGACACGGCUGUGGGUGGCACAGGAGCUGGUGCCAGGGCGCAGAACCCCUCUCAGGUCAUCCACAGUGGUCACUUCAUGGUGUCGUCCCCGCACAGCGACUCGCUGCCCCGGCGGCGCCAUCACCGCACCGAGCCCGAAGCGGCUGAUCCCCGGAGCAUCGACCCGACCCUCACCCGGCUCUUCGAGUGCAUGAGCCUGGAGUACAGUGGGAAGCUGGUGUCUCCAAAGUGGAAGAAUUUCAAGGGGCUGAGGCUGCUUUGCCGGGACAAAAUUCGUCUCAACAACGCUAUCUGGAGAGCGUGGUACAUCCAGUAUGUGGAGCGGAGGAAGAAUCCCGUGUGCGGCUUCAUCACCCCGCUUGAGGGCUCUGAAGCUGAUGAGCACCGAAAACCAGAGGCUGUUGUGCUGGAGGGCAACUACUGGAAACGCCGCAUCGAGGUGGUGAUGAGGGAGUACCACAAGUGGAGGAUCUACUACAAGAAGCGGCUCCGAAAGACCACUCGGGAGGAGGAGGUCUCCAGUCCAAAGCAGGAUGAAGAUCUCUGGAGGCCAAUGGAGAAAUGGUGCAACCAGCUCUUCUGCAACGUGGUGCCCAUGCUGCUUGGGGAUGAGGAAGAGGAGCCAGGGGGUAGGCAGCACUUUGACUUGGACACCUUCCUCUCGGACAUCUCUGACACCCUCUUCACCAUGACACAGACGCCCAGUGCCCAUCAGGCACUCCCCGAGGAUGCCUAUGUUGGGAAUGCUGACAUGAUACAGCCGGACUUGGCGCCCCUGCAGCCCAGCCUGGAUGAGAUGGAGAUCUCAGAUAUGUUCACCAGCCACCGGCCACUGCCAUCACAGAUGCAACCAGGCUACCAGGAGCCACCCUGCUUCAUGCCCAUGGCCGAGCCCCUGUUCGGUGAUGGGGGGUGCCUGAUGGGUGCUCGGGGGCUGCCUGCAAGUCCCGAGGCCCCGCUCUCACCCAGCGCCCUCCUCCAGGUGAGCAGGACCACAGCCCACGGCCCGCGGCCACAGUGCCCCGGCACCCCUCUGACCAUCCCGUGUCUCCUGCAGCCCAGCGGUGCCUCGCAGCUUGGCCUCCACGGCGCCUUCCUGGGCCCCGAGCUCCCCCCAGCCCUGCUGCCCCCCAACACCCCCACCACAGUGCCCAGCGACCUCAGCCCCCAGCUCCGACACAAGCCCCUGCUGCAGUAUGGGCCCCCCAGCCUGGAGCCACCAGGACCCCAGUACCCCCCUCCCAGCCUGUCCCCCGGGACAUCAGUGCUGAGCCCGGACCCCCUGUGCUCCCCCAUCUCAGCACCUCGCUGCAAGUUCCCCUACCCCAGCUCCCCCAGCCCCUCGCUCCUCAUCCAUCCCACAUCCCCGCUCUCAGCGCCCUGCUUCGCCCCGCAUUCCCCGGAGCUGGGCUAUGCUGUAGGCAUGGUGCCCCCGGGGUACCCCCGCCCGGCUGCCCCUGAGCUCCUGCCUCCCACCCUGCUGGGCGACCCCAGGUUUGCCCCCCCCAGGGGCCUGCCCCAGGGCAGGAGCGGGCGGUUGAAGGCAAAGCCCAAUGGCACCAAAGCGAAGAGGCUGCAGGGACCCCCCCCACCGACACCCCUGGCCAUGCCCAACCCCUGCCUGAGCCAGCUCCUGACCGCAGCCAAGCAGGAGCCAGUCCUGGAUGCCCCAAGCCCGACAGGUGAAGGACUUGUGCCCACAUCCCCUGUUUCCCCGCAGAGCGCUGUCCCUGACGUCCCCGCCACCUUCCUCUCCAGAAUGGCCCAGCUGAGCCCAGGGCUGGCUCCUGGCUCCAGCCCUGCCCAGGUGGUGCCGGUGCCGCUGGCAGGCACCCAGCCGGGCCCACUGCUGGUGCCCAAGGCAGAGCGGCUGUCCCCCACGUCGGCGUGCGGCGUUGACUGUCCCAAGCCUGGCCAGGCUUCCCCGAGACCCACUGCAGGGAUGGGCACUGGCAUCCCCCUGCACCAUCCCGUGUCAUGUCGGGGCAGGCCUGAGCCCAGCAAGGUGGAGAGCCGCCGCAUCACACACAUCUCCGCCGAGCAGAAGAGGCGCUUCAACAUCAAGCUGGGCUUCAACACCCUGCACAGCCUGGUGAGCACGCUGAACGCCCAGCCCAGCAUCAAGGUCAGCAAAGCCACCACCUUGCAGAAGACAGCUGAGUACAUCUGCAAGCUGCAGCAGGAGCGGGCAGCCCUGCAGGACGAGGCACAGCGGCUGCGGGAGCAGAUCGAGGAGCUCAAUGGCUCCAUCAACCUCUGCCAGGAGCAGCUGCCAGCCACAGGGGUGCCCAUCACACGCCAGCGCUUUGACCAGAUGCGCAGCAUGUUUGACGAGUACGUGCGCUCCUCCACGCUGCAGAACUGGAAGUUCUGGAUCUUCAGUAUCAUCAUCCGGCCCCUCUUUGAGUCGUUCAAUGGCAUGGUCUCCACGGCCAGCAUGGAGAGCCUCACGCAGACAUCUCUGGCCUGGCUGGAUCAGCACUGCUCCCUCCCAGCGCUUCGGCCAACCGUCCUGAGCUCCCUCCGGCAGCUGAGCGUUUCCACCUCCAUCCUGAGCGACCCAGCCUGCAUCCCCGAGCAGGCGACGCGGGCAGUGGCAGGGAUGGGCCGCGGGGGCUCCUCCUAGCUGCUCCCGGCCCGGCUUUCGCGGCCUUGCCGAGACCUUCGGUGAGGAAGGACGAGCACUCA